CUCAAGAAGAUGUUACUCUGUUGGAAUAGACCCACGCCUGGAAACAUGACCGCGAUGACUUCAUUGUCUACCAUUCAGUCCUAAACAGUAAUGUCAUAGGUAUAGCAAGUACCUAGAUAAUAAAAGCCUAGUCGCAGCUAUGAAGAGAGUAAAUCGAGGCGCAGAUCUGAAGUUCCUGUCGCAAAUUGAAUCCCUAGAAGCAGUGUAGGCCCGUAGUGGGGAAAGCACUAUUUGCAGCAGGUUGGUUUGCUCCCUACCUACCUAGUACCUAGUAUAGCAGCUACCGUAGCCGUUUUUGGAUCUCUGUAGGAAUGCCUGCCCAGGUGCCCAGAUGGUUUGCUUGCUCCAUCUUUAGAUCAUGAUGUGAGUCGAAUCUAUUGCGGUACGGCCCGUCCAUCUCACUAACCCACAUCCUUUUUUUGGUCCCUUCCUUUGCCUCCUUUUCCCGGGCCCCCCUAUUUCUAUCUACUUCAGCAGGAAUAAAACUUUGCCAUGCGGUCGAAAAAGAAAAAAAACUAUAAAGCAAGGCCCUUGGAAGCACAUCUGGAUGGAGAGACCUCCUUUACUCGCUACCCUCAAACCAAUUCAUCAGGGCAACACUCAUCACAGCAACUUUUAUCUUUCCCAAAAAAUUAAACUCAACCCAAAGAGGCUUCCUAACGAGUCUUGUUGCAACAUCGAUUCUCCAGCACGAUGUCGCUUUCUACAUCCAAACCCCCUUUUUCUCCCUCAUGGCCAACGCCAAAACUCCCAACGGGCCAUGGAGGAGGAGCUACUGGUGUAUCGUCCAACAUGCUUGACGAUCCAGUCUCUCCAGCACCCCAACAGCAUGUGAACGUGUCUGGCGAGAUCACGCUCCCCUACCCACCACGUCCUCCCACCCCAGGACCGCCGCCCAGGCCACCCCCAAUCCCUCCCCGCCCGCCGGUCCCAACGCCGCCACCCAGCCCAAGGAACUCGAUGGCAGAAUCAGAGGGGCUUCAGGACGUGAUGGCCAAGCACUUCUCUGAUGUUGCUGUCAGGCUUGUCCAGGUUUGGCUCGCGCUAGACGUGCCAGUCCAUCCUCAGCCACCGACGACUUCUUAUGGGCCUAGCGAGCUGAAUGGCAGCCGGUGCCGAGAUCUGGAACUUCUGUGCUCGGAUCCGGGUUCGGGUUCAGACCAGGCUUGGCCAGGACGCCGGUUCCCCGGCCUUGAGCUUCGUGGCCAUGGCCUUGGAUAUGGCGACAACAACAUCCUCAUCGCGGCUUAACUCGCAUUCGCAUAAGCCCAAAAAGAAAAGCAAAAAAUGGG